AUGGCACCAAAAUCAUCCCCAAAACCUUCCAAAUCAUCGAAACCCACCAGUAUAAAUGAUGAACAAUUACAAUCAUUUACUCAAGAUAAUUUUGAGAAAGAGCUCAAAGCCUUAGCAUCGAAAGCCCAAGAAGAGACCACGACCAGAUUUCUCUUAUCUCAACUUUGGGUCUUGGCUCAAUCAGCUUCCCUCCUUUCACUCGCCGCCAUAUAUUCAAAUGUCUCUCAACUUACUCUCUCUCCAGUCUAUGGAUCAUAUCCGGCUGGAAUAUGGCAUUCGAAAGGAGUCAUGACGGCUUGCUUCUUAGGGUGGUCGUCAAAUCUAUUCAUUAGGCGUUAUCUUCCAAUUAGGAGACCAGUCCAACUUCUUCCAAUUAUCGCCGCUUACAUUCCAGUGACCCAGUAUUUCCUCUUCAAGUUGAGUGGUUAUAUGGGAGCUAAUCUUGGACCUCCUAUUACGGAAGGACUCACAUUUUUACCUCUGCUCAUCCUUUCCGUCUCGUGUACGGCGACUACACUGGACGAUUUAGAACUCACAUCUGGUCGAUGGCCUUGGAUUUCCGAUGCAGCGCCAGGUAUUCUCUCAUACAUCUUUUUCAAAACUGUGAAAUACAUAUCCGCAAAUCAGAUCUCUCAAUACAUUGGUCAAUCCAUCAUUUUCACACGCCUUGGAAUGCAAAUUGUACUCCAGGCUUUAUAUUCAGCUUUUGCUCCUUCGAAGCUUCUACUUUGGAUACUACCAGCACUAUUCCAUACUGCAUUGUUUAAUGUACAUGUUCCAACGCCAUAUGCGAUUAAUCAACUUAAUAGCACGAUGAAUGCAAAUGGUUGGUCGAUCCUUGAACGAAAAGAAUCUCUGACUGGGUAUGUGUCCGUUAUUGAAAGUUUGACAAUGGGCAAUGGAUUCCGUGCUAUGCGUUGUGAUCAUAGUCUUUUGGGAGGAGAAUGGUUGGUCAAUGGGAAAAAGGCCAAAGGACUUGCUGAGCCUAUUUAUGGAAUUUUUGUGAUGUUAGAGGCAAUACGUUUGAUUGAAGUCGAAAAGCCAAUCAAAGACGAGGAUGCUAGUGCAUUGGUCAUUGGUCUCGGUAUCGGUACUACUCCAGCCGCUUUGAUCUCCCAUGGAAUUCACACUACUUUGGUGGAGAUUGAUCCCGUUGUGGUUGAUUUCGCUCGGAAAUACUUUUCUCUUCCUGAGCCUCAAGAAACUAUUAUUGAGGACGCCGUAUCUGUCGCAUCAAAUUUUGCAGCUCAAGGAAAGAAGUUCAACUACAUUGUGCAUGAUGUAUUCACAGGCGGAGCUGAACCUGUUGAACUAUUUACAUAUGAGUUUUUGAAGGAUCUUCAUGAUAUCUUGGAACCGGGUGGUGUUAUCGCCAUUAACUACGCUGGAGACUUCCUGCUUCCCCCUUUCCUAAUCAUUCACCGUACGAUUCGCUCACUAUUUCCCACCUGUCGUAUUUACCGUGAGGCCGAAGCACCAACAGAUCAACACAUUGCGGAAACGGGACAAGAUUUCACUAACAUGGUGAUCUUUUGCAAAAAGCCCCUUUCCGAAACGCCUUCUUUGGGUCCUGAAACUUCUGCGCCAUCAAUCACAUUCCGCAAACCAAUUGAAAAGGACUUUUUGAGAAGUAAUGCGAGAAGAGCAUUUUUAUUACCAAAGUGGGAGAUAGAAGACGAAGAGUUAAAGUUGGGAGAAGAGAAAGGAGAAGAAGCUUUUGCGGGGGUAUUGAGGAGGAACGAGACGGGGAGGUUGCAGGAGUGGCAGGAUAAAAGUGCGAAAGGGCAUUGGGGAGUCAUGAGGGGAGUAUUGCCGGGAGGUGUUUGGAUCGAUUGGUAG